CCGUAGCACGCGUUCCAGCAGAUAUAAUGCACUGGUCAUCCCCAAAGCCAACACCUUUGGCCACCUUUCCUUCCAGUUCUCUGCUGCCAAUGACUGGAAUGAAUUGCAAAAAUCUCAGAAGCUGGAGUCUUAUAUCGCCCUAUCUAACUUUAAGCAUCAGCUGUCUGAGCAGAUUACCUUAUCUGUACCUGUACAGAUAACCUGUUCCUAAUAUUUUGUAAACUCUGUGUAUCUUCCCUUUCUCGAAUAGGAUGUCUGCCACUGUGUGUUCCUGCUCCAGCGGUGGAGCAGGGAAGGAGUUGUGUGUUCCUGACCAGUUCCCGUAACUCCAAGAAAAUGGAGGAGGGUCGCCUUAACGGCACAAUCCAGUACUGUGCCCACACUAACUGCUGUGUCGGCUUCUUUCGUAUUAUCGCGGGCCAGCCAGUGGCAGAACUACAAGGUUGCAAAAUGGUAGUCGGUGGCUGCCUAGAUCCUACCUGCUUUACAUCAACCAUCCAUUUAGACUACAUCAGAUGUGAGUGCAGCUCAAACCUCUGUAAUGGCAACAUCACGUGGAACGCAGAAGAGAAGCAACCUCAACUCAAACACUCAUCUCACUCUGCAGACAUGGUCACGGCCCCUGUGGUUGUCCUUGGGAUGUUACUGUGUACCCUAGUGGUGGCAGUUAAAUGCAGACAUCGUUUCAGAGGUUACGAUGACAAGCAGCAUCUAUCUCUGCCAGAGGAAUCUCUGACCUCACUGUGCUCAUGCCACACAUCAAAACAGUCUGAUAUGGACCUGACCAGCAUGGAACUACAACAGGAAAGUAUUCACAUUGUGGGUAGUGGUCACUUUGCGUCGGUGUGGCAAGGAAGUUACCAAGGAACUACGGUGGCUGUGAAGGUGUUCCCCACCUGGUGCAGACAGGAGUUCACAGUAGAGAGGGAAGUGUACGGUCUACCACACCUGGUGCAUGCUGGGAUUGCUCACUUCCUGGGAGCUGGCAGGAAGUCAGAUAGCGGAGACUGUGUCCUGCUCCUGGAGCUAGCCACAUGCGGCUCUCUCAGCUCUUUCCUGUCCAAGAACAGCAGUGACUGGACGACAACACUGAAGCUGGCCCAGUCUCUGUCUGAGGGACUGGCUUACCUCCAUUCUGACUUCUACAGGCAUGGGGUGCACAAGCCAGCGGUGGCCCACAGAGAUCUCAGUAGUAACAACGUGCUAGUGAGGGACGAUGGUACCUGUGUCCUGUGUGACUUUGGCUCUUCCACCAUCCUGCGCUCGUGCGCCGGUCCACACAGCUGGCAGCGCUACAUGGUUAACGUACAGAGCCAGGUGGGGACGUUGUGCUAUAUGGCCCCCGAGCUCCUGGAUGGCUGCGUGAACCUGAGCAGUGGCUGGUGUCUCAUUCAGGGAGACGUCUACUCCUUAGGAACGCUGCUUUGGGAGCUGCUGAUGCGCUGCUCAGACCUUUUCAUAGGCUGCCCAGUGCCAGAACACAGACUGCCUUAUGAAGAGGAGCUAGGGGCCAGUCCUUCUUUAGAGCAGCUCAUAGUCCAUGUAUCUGAGAGAAGGGAACGUCCUUCAGUACCCAAACACUGGCAACAGGGCUUGCAUGACAUUCUGUUGGACAGUUGGGACCAUGACUCAGAUGCCAGACUGACAGCCCAGUGUGCCAGGGACAGACUAGUGUCUCUACCCCCCUGUUGCUCCAUAUGAUAUAUAUAUACAGUGCCUUGCGAAAGUAUUCGGCCCCCUUGAACUU